AGCUGAGGAGUAUCUGCGGCUGUCCCAGGUGAAGUGCACGGGGUUAAUGGCUCAAAUGACGGCGACGAGCAGCGCUGUGAUGUGCCUGGACCUGGCGGCGAGUUUCAUGAAACAACCGAUUGACAAAAGCUACUGUGUUAAACUCUCCGGGUUGAACAAGAACACCUACCAGAACUCUAUGAAGUCCUUGGAGUGUUUGCUGGAGGUGAACCCCAGGCUGGGAAUGCGAGACUUGGCUGUGCAAUUUUGCUGCACAGAGGCAGUGAACAUGGCUGCAGAAAUACUUCAGAGGUAUGAAUCCAGCCUUUCUGAAGCACAGAGGAUGGACCUUGAUUUCUCAAAACCACUUUUUUUAACAGCUUCACUAUUCACUGCAUGCAGGUGUUUGAAGCUGAAAGUGGACAAAACUAAAAUGGUGGCUACAUCUGGAGUGAAAAGAGCAAUAUUUGACCGGCUGUGCAAUCAGCUGGAGAAGAUAAGCCAGCACCUCAGGAAAGAAGAUGUUCCACUGGCUGCAGAGACACCUGAAAGCCUGCAGGCCUGCCUGGAGCACUGUGAGCAGGAAGAUGGAUCUGAAGAUGAUGAGGAGAAGCCACAUAAACGGCCAAAGACUGAAACAAAGCAGGACUAUGAAGAAUGGAAAAAGAAAAUCCUGGAAAAUGCUGCUAAGGCACAAGAGACAAAUAGUACUGCCCCUGUAAUGCCACCCAGUAAUGCAACUGCUGCUUGCUCUUAAUCUUAACUCUCCCUGUGCUCUAACAGUAGUUCCAGUAGCAUGGGUGAUGGCUGCCUGGUAGCCAGCUACCUAAUUUAGCUUUUAAGUAUUGAAAAAUGUUAUUUUUAAUAAAAUGACACUAGGAUUGAGGUGAUUUUACAGGAAGCCUGUCUUUGACUACUCACCUGGCUGGUACCUGAGCAGCUUUGGCAUUAAGGGGGUAAAAUAGCUUCAUUCUCUUGCUGCAAGAAGCGGGGAACAUUCUAAUGCUACGUUCUAAUGCUACUUUAAGUGUAAAUAAGUUAUAAGUUACAGGCCCUUGAGCCCUUGGCUGGAAGCAGUCAGUGAAAUAAGAGGGAGGGGACUAAUGGUGCCUUGUUAAACUGCAAAGCCAGCAGAGAAGUUAAGAUUUUUUUUUAAAUUGCUUUUAUUUUUUUACUGUUGAAGAAAUACUGUUUAGUAACUGAAUUUGACUUAUUUUCAUGUGUAUGGAAAUGAAGUCUCUUGUGCUUUUAUAAAGGGGUCCCAAAUAUUUCAAGAAACAAUAAAAGUACUG